AUGGCAGAGAUCGAGAUUACUGGCGGCCUCGGUUCGGCACUGAUGCGUAUUCUUGAGGCUGAAGAAAUUCAGCCGGGAACCGAUAUCGGCUAUGAACUGUGUAAGCUGCUGUGGCAAUUCCAUCCUCUGGGCGGAAAACUUGUCGAAAAACCCAUACUGAUGGCGAUGUGUAAGCCGCGACAGUAUAACGUGGAGACAGAUCCUGACGAGAGGGUUGUGCGGCGUUUUCAGGAGGUAUGGGAACGUAUGAAAGUCAACGAGAAGAUUAAAAAUCUGUUUUUUCUGUCUCGUUGCUACGGUGCCGCAGCGAUCGGCGUGGGCACCGACAGUGUUUCAUGUCGUGAACCGCUUCCGACGUUCGGACUGACAGAAGAGGAUGUGUAUAUCAACGCGUGGGAUCCGUUGAACGCUUCCGGUUCGAUGGUGACUGACCAGAACCCAAACAGUCCGUUUUUCCAGGAAGCCAAUAAAAAGCUGAAGAUUGGCGGAAAAGACUGGCAUCCGUCACGCACGUUGAAAAUUUUCAACGGCACACCGAUUUAUCUGGAGUUUCAGAGUUCAUCGUUCGGAUUCACCGGGCGAAGCGUGUUUCAGCGCGUUCUUUAUUCCCUGAAAUCCUAUAUCAACACGAUGGAGGCGAAUGAUCUCGUCAGUCAGAAAGCGGGCGUACUGGUAGCUAAAGUUGUGCAAAACGGUUCGAAACUUGACGGGAUCAUGGCUGCCGCCACGGGACGAAAAAGGGAAAAUGUCAAAGAGGCAAAAAAUAAAGGUGUGCUUAGUAUCGGGAAGGAUGAGGACGUUACCUCGCUGAAUUUACAAAACAUCGAUGGCGCGCUAAAUGCCGCCCGCGACAACAUUAUUUCCGAUAUUGCAUCAGGUAGCGAUGUUCCCGCGAUUCUCAUCAAGGAGGAGGCUUUCUCGAAUGGUUUCGGUGAAGGAACUGAGGAUUCGAAAGCUAUCAGCCAGUAUAUCGAUGGUGUACGCCAGCAGAUUGAACCUGUGAUGGAUUAUUUCGAACGCCUGGUGCAGUACAUCGCCUGGAACGAGGAAUUUUAUCAGUCGCUGAAAAAUGAUUACCCGGACAUCAUAACUGAUGACUAUAAAACCACGUUUUACCAGUGGCGACGUGAAUUUACCGCGACAUGGCAGGAGCUGGUGGAGGAGUCGCCGGACAAACGCCGGGAAAGCGACAGUAAAGUGAUUCAACAGGCGAUAGCACUUUUCUCUGCCGUGUCGCCACAGGUUGAUCCUGAAAACCGUGCCGCCGUCACUGAAUGGCUGGCAAGCCUUGUUAAUGCCACGCAAACCUAUGGCGAAGCUCCACUCAUCAUUGAUGUGGACGCGCUGGCGAAUUAUGAACCACCGAAGCAGGAGACGCCUGAUGGCAAUUUCCAGCCGGGCGGUGAGGAAGAAGAAACGGAUCAGGACGCUAUAUGA